AGCCCUUCUUCGGCUACUGCCAAAUGGUUAAAGGGGGAGGGGUUCCCCCGCAGGGCGAGACGGAGAAGGGGUGUGUGUGUUGUGUAUGUGUGUGCGUCCGUGUGUGUGUGUGCGUGUGUGUGUGAGUGUGUGGCGGGGAGGGUCCGGCCUAGGGGCGGGGCCUGCAGGUGUGACGUCGUAUGGGCGGGGCGCGCGCUCCCGCGGGAGUCGGCCACGGCGGGCUGCUCGGAAGGGUCCUGGGGUGGACUGAACCCAUUGCUGGGCGGGACGGUCGGUGGGCCUGGGCGGAGUCAGUGUUGGGUGUUGGGAGAGAUAUUUCAAAUCUCUCCCUAGCCCCCCCCCCCACCCCGGUUAGUGAAUCAAGACGCGGACACCGCCGUGGGGGACUGUCUCUGACCCUGGCUCAGCGUAGGUUCCGGGCCAUGUGUCACUUCCGGACUUCUGGAGGAAGUGGGUUCGUUGGCUGGGCAACCACCUGGCGUCUUUGCACCCUUGGGUUCCUCCUCCACCAAGUUUAAAUGAGGAGAAAAGCUUUUUCUUGUCAUCAAAGAAACUAGGACAGGGAAUAUCUUCAGGGAUUGUCAUACCUUUCUCCUGCUAGGACAGGAGAAAUUUAAAUGGGGAUACGUUCAGCCUUUAGUAACCCCUAGUCAAGAAACUGUGUAGACCUAAUAUGGACCAUAAAAACAACUUGGAGUCAUUCUGUUUCCCCAGACCAUCCCCAGUCCUGUAACUUAAUCCUGUAAUACACCCCAUGGUGACUUAGCAUGUAAGAGCACUUAGGUGUUUUCAAUCGACAAACUUGUUUUCUAAGUCUCUCACUGUUUAUAGUAUAACAGUGUUUUCACCAGAUUCAAAGACUUAUGAGAAACGUUAAAGGAAAUUGAUGAUGUCUAUGAAAAAUAUAAGAAAGAAGAUGAUUCCAACCAGAAAAAACGCCUACAGCAGCAUCUCCAGAGAGCGUUAAUCAAUAGCCAAGAAUUGGGAGAUGAAAAAAUUCAGAUUGUCACCCAGAUGCUCGAAUUGGUGGAGAACCGAGCGAGACAAAUGGAGCUGCAUUCACAGUGUUUCCAGGAUCCUGCUGAAAGUGAGCGAGCCUCAGACAAGUCGAAGAUGGAUUCCAGUCAACCGGAAAGAUCUUCUAGAAGACCUCGAAGACAGAGGACCAGUGAGAGCCGUGACUUAUGUCACAUGACAAACGGGAUUGACGACUGUGAUGAUCAACCACCGAAAGAAAAGAGAUCCAAGUCCGCCAAGAAGAAGAAGCGCUCCAAGGCCAAGCAGGAGAGGGAGGCAUCCCCUGUCGAGUUUGCCAUCGAUCCCAAUGAGCCCACCUACUGCUUGUGUAACCAAGUGUCCUACGGGGAGAUGAUAGGCUGUGACAAUGAACAGUGUCCCAUUGAAUGGUUUCACUUUUCAUGUGUUUCACUCACCUAUAAACCCAAGGGGAAAUGGUAUUGCCCAAAGUGUAGGGGAGACAAUGAGAAAACCAUGGACAAAAGUACCGAAAAGACAAAAAAGGAGAGAAGAGCGAGGUAGUGAAGGCCAUCGGUUUUAAAGGGUUCUUUGUCUUUUAUAGAAUUGCUUUACUUUCAGAAAAUGUUUUAGGGUAACUGCAUAAGACUAUGCAAUAAUUUUUAAUCAUUAGUAUUGAUGGUGUAUUAAAAGUUGUUGUACUUUGUCUGUGACCUUAAUUUUCUGCACUGAAUUACCAAAUAUUUUCAGCCAGGUAGUCUCUGUGAGGACCUAAUGAAAGGAGCAGGCAGAGAGGCGUAUGAACGAACUGCAAGCAGCUUCCCAAGCCACGCCUAUUCCACCCCCACCUUCAACUCUCAUGCUGUUUGGGGGUGGGGGGUAAACCCAAAAAGUUUUGCUAACAUUUUAUUUUAGUUCUGUGUGCUUAAGAAUUUUAUGUAUUGUUGGAUUUCUGUGUCAAAUUCUCUUGGUGAUUUCAAACAUGAACACUAUUCUGUUUAGAGAUUCUUAUUGCCUCCAUGUCUUCAGACACUUGUUAAAUCUCUAGUCUCCCAGAAAUUCCAGGAACUAGAGACAACAGUACCCAUGCUCCCACAUGGACUAGUGCGCUCUUCCUGGAGUGUCCACUGCGUAUUUUCUUGGUAGCUUUUGUUACCUGUCAGUUGUAGCGUCUGUAAAAGCCCCUGCUUCUUCAGAACAGACACACCUCAUCUAGUGUUUAAUAAGGGACUCAUUUUGAUCAGGACACGUAAGACUAGUUAGAAAUACCAAAUAAUGUUGCCGCUGCCUCAUAUUGGCAAGAUGUGGAUUAUUCAGCAUCAUGGUUCAAGGUUGAACAAUUUAAAGGUGUGUCUUAAUAUUUUCUAUGUGACCCACUGCUGGGAUGUUUAGCCACAGACCCGUCAGUGGGAAAAGGGCAUAGAUUAGUCUUUAAAUAAUGCCUUUUCUGUCAAACAGUUAUUUUAAAUAGUUCUUUUCUGGGGGCUAGAGUUUAUUUUUACCCCCCAAUGAGUAAUUAUACAUUAUUUUAAAUAAUAGUAUAUUUACCUUAACCUCCUGGUAUUGGUGCUGUUUGAUGUUUUCAUGUUUAUUGAACUAAUUUCAUUAUAAUAAUACGAUUAAUAAUGUAUUUGUAAAUUGAAUUUUCCAAGAUUUUGAUAUUUUAAGGUUAAGCAUCUUGGUGGAGCUGUGACCAUGUGUGGGAGCAGUUUUUGGUUAUGGAGAGCAGCAGACGGACUAGUCCUUUAACCUCUCAUGCAGCUUCUGUCUUAGUUGUCAUCUUUUCUUCCUAAUCUGAUAAUCUUGGUUCUUGUUGAUUAACAUGUGAAAAAUCCUAUCUGCUUGUUUGGAAAAAAAAAAAAAGAAAGAUGUUUUUUUCCUCUUCAA